AUGGCCCAACUCGUCGCAAAGUACGCGGCGAAGAAGAUGCUCACAGGCGAGAUGAGCAAGUACGCAAACAAGGCUGCCGCUGGUCCAUAUGACCCCUACUACGAGGAGGUCCCCCACCCCAGGAAGCCAGGCAAGACGAAGAAAGUCAAGAAGCAGAUCCCCGCCUACAUCCCGGAACAGGAGGCCAACAUUCUCGCCAGAGCCCGCAAAACCGCCUACCGACUGGACUUCGCUCUCUUCAGUUUCAUGGGUAUGCGCUUCGGUUGGUCCUCUGUCAUUGGUCUUGUGCCCGCCAUUGGCGACGCAGCCGACGCACUGCUUGCACUCAAACUCAUCCUGAGCAUGCGAAAGGUGGCAUGCGGUCUGCCGCAGAGUGUGUUGCUGAUGAUGAUGUUCAACCUCGCUCUCGACUUCGUCGUCGGUCUGGUUCCCUUCAUUGGCGAUCUGGCAGACGCUGCAAUCAAGUGCAACGGCAAGAACGUACGCCUGCUGGAGCAACAUCUAGAUAAGGUCUACAUGCCUGAGGAGCUUAAGGCUAAGAAUUCGAAGCUGCCAAGAGAGAGCCGACCGCGUCCUGCCUCUGUCUACGUCGACUUCUCUGACGAAGAGGAUGAGCGUCGCGGCGCCUACGAUGUUCGCCACGACGAUGUUCGCCAGCCUCAGCGCGCGUACUCUGCACGCCGGGAUAGGAUUCCUGACGAAGAGAUGGGUCGUGCUAGGGACGACAGACCCAGCCGCGACCACACUAAGAGCAGCAGGCGGUAG